AUGGAUUUAAUGGCUUUUGUGCCUGAUCUCUCAACGGCAUCAAAGCAGCAAGCGGAUUUACUGCGUGAGCCGCGCUUGGUGCACAUUUGUGAGGUACCGCCGAAGGAGGAUUUAUUGGUAAGAAUGAUUCCCGGAACUUCUUUUUGGUCGAGGCUACGACGUUGGUUCCUUGGUACUCGGAUAGCGUCGCGAAAGCAUCCGUCCACGCAAUACUUUCUGAAAAGCACCCAGGGGAUCGAUUAUGAGAUCAAUCGACACCUCAAGUCCCAUCCCAACAUGAUCCAUCCUUUCAGUACUUUCAGAAUAUUUUGGGAAUCUAUGAUGACGCUAUUUAUGAUAGCAGCUUUAAUGACUACUCCAAUCUUUCUCACAUUUUAUUUUGACGAACCUGAGAAAUGGUAUUUUUUCAAUCAUGCGAUCGACAGCGUAUUUAUAUGUGACAUUGUGAUCUGGUUUUUUACUGGUUAUUAUGAUUCUCAAACACAAUUGAUAGUUCUGGACCCAAAGGUCGUAGCGAGCAAAUAUCUCCGGGGUUCCUUCGUCAUAAAUGUGUUGCCAGUGCUACCUUUGGAAUUUCUCAUCGUGCUCUUCAAAUCGAUGUGGUAUCUGGCGGCACUGAAUUUAUUGAAGAUACUUUGGAUGCGAACGGUCAUCAAUUACUCACGCAGACUCUAUUAUGUAUUCGAAAUUAAUUUCCAUCUGUACAAGAUAAUGGAGAUUAGCGUCAUUAUCAUUGUAUGCGUGCACUGGGCUGCUUGUUUGGAGUAUUAUUUGCCGCUGGCGGUCGCCAAGAUGGUCGGAGAAAAUGAUGCAUCAUGGAUACGAUCGUCUUACAUGCUGAAAAGGAAAAAAAAAUUCGCGAUUUACCUGACGUGUGUUAAUAGAGCUAUUAUUGCCUUAACUGCAUCCACGCAUUACUUGGAUGUCAGGACCCCAGAGGAUAUUAUAUAUAAUUUAAUUCUCACUAUUCUAGGAGUGCUUGGAUUUAUUUAUUUGCUGGCGCAAGUCUCGCAGUUAAUGAUAACAUUUCAUUCCACUCGCAAAAGGCAUUUACAAUUAAUUCAGCAGCUGCAACAGUACAUGAGAUACAAGGAAUUACCGUAUUCCUUGCAGCGACGAUUGCUGGCUUAUUACAAUUACCGCAACAAAAAGGGAUUCGAGAGAGACAAGAUUAUUAUCAACCAUGUAUCCCCCUAUUUGCGAGAAAGACUUCUUCUGCAUAAUUAUCGCCGAUUGCUGAACGAUGUGGAGCUGUUUAGAUAUCUGCCGGAAAUAGUGGUGGCACAAUUUGUCGGUGCCAUACGUUCCGAAAUUUUCAUGUCAAACGACGUGCUGGUUAGAGCUGGUGCGCGCGGCGAAGCUUUGUACUUUAUCGCCUGCGGUACUGUGGUCGUUUACAACAGUGCGGAGAAAGAGAUCUGUCACUUAGAAGACGGCUCGUAUUUCGGUGAGUUGGCUCUACUGAUGGAAGACGAGCGUUGGCUCGCGAGUGUCAUCGCCGCUGAAAAUUGCAAGGUCUACAUAUUGUCGCGUGUCGACUUUCAAAACGCCCUGGUGUCGUAUCCUGAUCUUCUGACACAUCUGCAGAACGUCGUGCUCUCACGCCCGGAACAGACGCAAUUACUUGAGAAGGCUGGUGAGCCGGACUCACCGACGAGGAUGUCCGGGAACAUCAAUAUCAGCAGUAUAAAAGUCAAGAAGAAGGACUAA